AUGGCGGCGGACUCGGAGGUGCUGCACUUCCAGUUCGAGCAGCAGGGCGAUGCCGUGCUGCAAAAGAUGAACCUCCUGCGGCAGCAGAACCUCUUCUGCGACGUGUCCAUCUACAUCAACGACACCGAGUUCCAGGGGCACAAGGUGAUCUUCGCCGCCUGCUCCACCUUCAUGCGGGAUCAGUUCCUGCUCAACCAGUCCAGGCAGGUACGGAUCACCAUCCUGCAGAGCGCCGAGGUGGGCAGGAAGCUGCUGCUGUCCUGCUACACGGGCGCGCUGGAAGUCAAGAAGAAGGAGCUGCUGAAGUACCUGACGGCCGCGAGUUACCUGCAGAUGGUUCACAUCGUGGAGAAGUGCACCGAGGCUCUGUCCAAGUACUUGGAGAUCGACGCUUCCAUGGAGAGCGGUACCCAGGCUGCUGAGGGGUGCCACUCCUCGGAUGCUGAACUAAAGAGCGGGGAUGAGGUUUUAGAUAAAGAUUGUGAAAUAAUCGAGAUCUCUGAAGACAGUCCAGAGAACGAAGAAUAUCCUGUGAAACAGGAGGAUGGGGAGGGCCCACAUCCUGAAGAUGGGGAGGGCCCACAUCCUGAAGCACAGAGCUUGGAGUCAGAAAGGAAGGACACAAAGUCCCCAGAAAUAUCAACAGUGGAAAUCGGAUAUAAGGAUGAUGAAAUCUGCAUCUUCAGAAUGGAUUCCAUGAAUGUGGCAAACGUAGAAAAUGAUCAUUUUCCUCAGCCUUGCACUUCCUCUAAAACAAAUUUAUAUUUCCCAGAAACCCAGCACUCCUUGAUAAACUCUACAGUUGAAAGCAGGAAUACAGAAAUGUCAGGAAAUCACUUUCAGGCUUUUGUUGGUGACAAUCCAGAAGGAACUUCCAGUGGGGUGAAUGGGUUCCAGAGCCUGGAGGAUUCUGGCAGCUCAUGGCGGCACCAGUGUCCAAAGUGUCCGAGGGGCUUCCUGCACCUCGAGAACUAUCUCAGACAUCUGAAAAUGCACAAACUCUUCCUGUGUUUGCAAUGUGGCAAAACGUUCACGCAAAAAAAGAAUCUCAACAGGCACAUCCGGGGGCACAUGGGGAUCCGGCCCUUCCAGUGCAUGGUGUGCUUGAAGACCUUUACAGCCAAGAGCACGCUCCAGGAUCACCUCAACAUCCACAGCGGGGACAGGCCCUACAAGUGCCACUGCUGCGACAUGGACUUCAAACACAAGUCUGCUCUUAAAAAGCAUUUGACUUCUGUUCAUGGAAGGAGCAGCAGCGAAAAGCCAAACCUGAACACUAUUACAAAAGUUAAAAUUGACUAUGAUUGAUAGCUGGGCAAUUGUGGAGACAGACUCCACAAAAAGCUCCUGGCUAGUGAAAUUCUAGAUGCAAGUCCAGUCCCUGAUCCCUGUCUAAGGGAGAGAAGCACAAACAGGUGUCUGGUGAUCCAAGACAAGCCUUGGAGCAGGAAACCUGCCUGUUCUGUUAAGGUUCCUAUUGCUGUCAGUGAAAAAAGGAGUUUCCUAGUUGAAAGUAAACUGCAAAAUACUGGAAAUUAUUCUGUGCUUCUCUUCUACUAUACUGAGCAUAUCCUGGUCCCUCAAUGGUGUUUUAUUUUCCUUGUUUUAAGGGCAGGCAUUGCUGACUUUCAGACUGUUACUGAUACUGCAAUAAGCUGAAGCCUGAGCCAAGGUGUUGGUGACAACAGCUGAGGGAAGGGAGUGUUUGUAUUUAUUCAGCAAGUCAGUUGUUCCCAUCCAAUUCCUGGAUCAUUCAUGGUGAAAUCAUCUCCUUCCUUGCCCAAACUUUGCUUCCAACAGAAAAAAGGUGUGCUUUUAUACUCAAGUCUGUGACGUUUAAGGACACACAACAAACAAAAACUAAUCAAGGAACCUUUCAAAUUGUCUCUUGCAAACAGAGAAUUUGUAAAAGAGAAAGAAACAAACAGUAUUGCCUUGCAGUUUAUUGAUAACUGGAUAGUCCCAUGAAAAGGACUUGCUUUUAGUUU